AUGGUUGCUGGAUGGCAGCGGCUGAACGAGAAGAAGUCGCAGCCUAAUCCCAACAUCGUCUUCAUCAAGCCUUUGGAAGGCCCGGACAAGAAGAUAGCCCAGGAUUUCCUCGAAAGAAUAGCAGCGCAAUGCCAGGAGUAUGAGCCUAAUCGUGAAUUUGUCGGGCGCAACUUCAACGCUGGCGAGGUUGUUCAGCUCGUUCUCAAAUCUCCUAGUACCGGGCGGUGGUUGCCGUUUAACUACGUCCAGAUGGUUAUGAUGCAUGAGCUGGCCCAUUGCAAGCAAAUGAAUCACUCGCGAGCGUUCUGGGCCGUCCGCAACUCGUACGCUGCCCAGAUGCACGACCUGUGGUCCAAGGCCUACACUGGUGAUGGUCUCUGGGGAAGAGGUGCCAACCUGGCUACUGGCGCAUGGGAGAAUAAUACCGUGCUCGCCGAUGACAUUCUGCCAGAGCACCUAUGUGGAGGUACAUACAGAUCGCGGAAGAAGAGAAAAGUGAAGCCGCAACUAUCUUAUCAGGAGAGGAAAGAGAGGAGGAUUCUCAAAAAGUUUGGCAAGAAUGGAGUCGCACUAGGAGCGGAUGAGGAGACCAAGGUCAAGCUCGAGAGCGGAAAAAAGAUCCAGGCCAAACCUCGAGUGGCCGGCAGCAUGAGAGGACGGGAGCUCCGAGCAGCGGCUGCACUGGCUCGCUUCGAGAAGCAAAAGACAGAGCCGGAACCUACCAAGGACGAAGACGAAACGGAAUCCGGCUCUGACAGCGAGUAUGAAGACGAAGCGGGAGCUGACUCUAAGGACGCGGUUGAUGUCGACGGCAAGAGACUCGUCGAUGGACAAGGAAGGGGGAUGGUUAGGGUCUGCGAAGAUGAAGACGCAAAUGACCCCGAAGCGAGGGACGAGUCCAAAGAGCUUCGGGACAUGAUCAGAGGGAUCAAGCAGGAACAUCACGAGCUGCAAGCUCUGAGGACGAUAAGGACACAAAACUCUAGCGUCCGGAAAGGCAGUCCUUCAACCAAGACACCGGCCAUCGCGGUCAAGAAAGAACCCGAUCACGAGCCUGGAGGAAUCAAAGAACCCAUAAGGCACACCGCAGCUCGUCACGAUGCCUCUAGCAACAGUUCAACGGCGGUCGAGAGUCAACGCGGCCAACCUACAACAGCAACAGCUCAGGCGAGCAGUAGUUCUCUAGAGAGUAACAGCCCAGCCGAGACAACAUGCUCCAUGUGUUCGUACGCCAACCUCGGUCUGGCACUCACAUGUGCCAUGUGUGCCAACGUGCUUGAUCCUUCGUCUUCACCGGGCUCGUGGGCAUGUUUGAGCGACUCGUGUAAGGACACGCAGUAUUAUAACGCUAGUGACUGCGGAGUAUGCGGACUAUGUGGGAAAAGAAGGGUCCAAGCUGCAUAG